AUGGAACAUACAUCAGAAUUAACGAGGUUAAGAAAUGAAUUAGAAGAUGAAAGACGUUAUUCUCAAGAAAUCUAUGCAUUUUCAUUAAAGUUACAUAACGAUUUAACCGAUGAGAAAGCUCAUUUAAUUCAAUUACAACAGAAUCAUGGAUUACAAAUACAAACUCUUAAAGAAUCAUAUGAAGCAAAAUUAAGAGCAAAUUCUCCAAUAUCAAUCUCAAACCUGUCUGAUAUAUGUAAAAGUAAAGAAGCCAUUUUGGGUAGUAAUGUAUCCAUUAAAAUAGAACCAUUCGAUUAUUGUUCGCAACCAGAAACUAAUGAAUCACUAACGUAUAUACAAACAUUACAAACAAUAUUAGAACAAGCUCAAUUAGAAUUGGCAAAAUGUCAGACAGAAAAUAUUUUUAUUAAAUGUAAAUUAUCACAAAAAGAAAAAGAAUGCAAAGAUCUUGAUAUUAAAAUGAAUGAUAUGAUAGCAGAAUGUAAAAAAACUAAACAAAAUCAUGAACGAUAUCAACGUAUUAUGCAACAUAUUAACGACUUUGAACAAAAAUUUAAACAAAAAAAUCUAAGUCAAAAUCAUAAUAUGAAUGAAUAA